CAAGAGCUCGUGGGCAGCUGGUGACUGUGAGCCAGCCGGGAGUGUGUCGCUACGGUUCUAGGCUGGAUUGCUGUUAUGGCUGGAAAAAGAACAACAAGGGCCACUGUGAAGCUAUCUGUGGACAUGGCUGCAAGUAUGGCGAAUGCAUGGGACCAAACAAAUGCAAAUGUUUCCCUGGAUUUACAGGAAAAACCUGUAAUCAAGAUCUGAAUGAAUGUGGACUGAAACCACGUCCCUGUGAACACAGAUGCAUGAAUACAUAUGGCAGCUACAAGUGCUAUUGUCUGAACGGGUACAUGCUCAUGCCAGAUGGCACAUGUGCAAGCUCUAGGACCUGUGCCAUUGCGAAUUGCCAGUACGGUUGUGAGGAAGUCAAAGAGGAGGUACAGUGUCUUUGUCCAUCAACUGGCCUCCAUUUGGGACCAAAUGGAAGGACAUGCAUUGAUAUUGAUGAAUGCUCCACUGGCAGAGCUGUCUGCUCUUUCAAUCGCAGAUGUGUCAACACAUUUGGAAGCUACUACUGCAAGUGCCAGCUUGGUUAUGAACUGAAAUACAUCAGUGGUCAUUAUGACUGUGUAGAUGUAAAUGAAUGUGUGACAGCUGCACACAGGUGUAACCUCCAUGCAGAGUGCCUCAACACAGAGGGAUCCUUCAAAUGCAAAUGCAAUCAGGGCUACCGAGGAAAUGGAUUUGAUUGUGCUGCUAUCCCUGAAAAAUCAGUGAAGGAAAUUCCAAGGAUCCCUGGAACAGCUAAGGACACAAUUAAGAAACUUCUUGCACAUAAAAACAGCGUGGCAAAGCAUAAAGCAAUCAAGAAUGUGAUCCCAGAAGCAGCCAUGAUGCCAGCUUCUAAAACUCACUUGCAGUCACUGGACUAUGAAGGCGGUUUUGAUCUUGGUGGGAGUUACACUGUGGGAGAGAAAAGAACUGAAGUUACCAUAGAAGAUGAAGUCGAUGAGACAGAUGAGGAAGACAAGGAAGAUUAUGAGAAUCAGAUUGACCAUGAGCAAAGCCUUAGAGGAGAUGUCUUCUGUGGACCUGUGCUCACUCCAAGCAAUCCGAGUGCAAGCCAGCUCCAAACAAGAAGCCGUGUAGUCCAAGUUGGUGAACUGUUGUUUUCACCAGUUCCCCAGAGUAAAGAAGCAGCAGCCUUUGGCCCUCUCCUGACACAAAGAAAAGUUUCGAUGACAAGACAAGAGCAUGAAGUUGACUGCAGUUUCAGUCGAGGAGUCUGCGACUGGAAACAAGAUACUAAUGAUGACUUUGACUGGAAUCCUGCUGAUCGAGACAGAGGUGAUGGAUACUACAUGGCUGUUCCAGCCUUUGUAGGUCACAAGAAGGAUAUGGGCCGCUUAAAACUUCUCCUGACCGACCUCAAACCAAAGAGCACCUACUGCUUGAUUUUCAGUUAUCGGCUCGCUGGCGAAAGAGUGGGAAAACUUCGAGUGUUCGUGGCCAACAGAAGAACUGCUCCUGUCUGGGAGCAGGACAAGGGAAAAGAUGAAAGGUGGCGAACUGGAAAAGUGGAAAUAUUGCAGGGUACUGAAACAACUAACAGUAUCACCUUUGAAUCAGAACGUGGGAAGGGCAAAACUGGAGAAAUUGGAGUGGACAAUGUUAUACUAGUUCCUGGUCUAUGCCCAGAAGACACUUGAGAAUGGAUAUUUUGAGUAUUCUGGAUUUAGCUCUAUUUUCAAUACUUACCUUGCUAGUCGUGUAUUUUUAAUCUUUUCAUUGUAAAAAAAUGAAAACAUAAAUUUAAAAACUGUACCUUGAACUUAGUGCAGCAAUGCAAACGGGAACUGACAUGUGCAAGAUGCAGAGCACACUUUUUUAUGAGUUAGAUCUAAUACAUGCUUUGAAUAUAGCACUACUAUAUUUUAACAUUCAAGGUUAGGGCUUCUGAGGCAUUAAAAUAUUUACUAGCUUUUUUACAAAUUCUGUACGCUUUCAUUUCUUAAAGCUCUUUUCAAGGCUAUUCUUAAGUUGACUAUUGCAUUUCUACUUCACAAGAACACAAAGCAGUAUUUAAGAGGAUGCUACUACUUCUAGUGAUGUAAUUUUAAUUUCCUACUUAAUAUGUAGAUAUUAAAUUUAUUAAAAAAAAUAAGAAGAAUGACGAGGUUUUUUUCCUGUCUUCGCGGAGCUAAAUUUUAAGUGGAGUCAUAUCUUUGAGGAAUAUUUUAAUUGCUAAUAAAAUAUG